UUAAAAUAAUUUCAAAAAAUGUAAUUAUCUUAUACAUUCUAAUUAAAUCUAAUUUACUUAAUAUUGCAAUGACGAAUGCUUCUUGAGGUUCAAGGAAAUGGCUGAUUCAGAAUCGGAGACGACGAUCCCUCGUCCAAUCGAUAUAGGGAGACGGCAGACAUUGGAUCUCGGAAAUGGAAGCGAAAUCGUCUACAUUACAAUGUUCGUGCCCUCCGAUCAGGCUUGGACGUGGUUCGAUUUCCUCAACCAACACAUUCCAUGGACCAGGCCGACCAUUCGCGUCUCCGGUCGCUCCGUCGUUCAGGGAGAUCUUGUGGAGUACGAAGAACUUCUACAUUGUUGAAAUACUUUCUUAUUAGUUCGAGCUUUAGAAUCGUUGAAAGGCUACACUCAACGAGAUUGGAUGCAUUCAGUCCCUAAGCGCCUAAGGGCAGAGGCAACCUGCAUCAACCUUUACUUUCA